GCAGCGCGCGCGCACGCGGGGCGGUCGGGUAGCGCUCGACGGUUUGCCUUUCAAACGCCAGCGGUUGGAGUUAGAGGGAGGGAGGGCGGAGGCUGGGGACCCCCAUCGCUGCCACCAACACCCGGGAUGGCACCCAACUGACAUCUUCCCACACAUCAUCUAAUCCAUCCGCACCCACCCCCCUCCCCUCCUCCUCCCUUCCCCACACACUCACAGUAAUUCAUCCGCCCCGUGAGGGUUUGGACGAGAAGAGCUAUUCAUUGGCGUUUGCUUAUUUUUAUGACGAAUAUAAAUAUAAAACCGCAUAAAAGAUGGCCGCGUCGAAUAUGGAGGAAGAUGAGAGCUUGAAAGGAUGCGAAGUCUACGUCCAGAAGCACAACAUCCAGCAAAUCCUGAAGGAAUGCAUUGUCAGCCUCUGCAUUACAAAACCCGAACGACCCAUGAAGUUUCUCAAGGAGCAUUUCGAUAAGCUGGAAAAGGAAGAGUGCAAACAAAUUUUGGCUCGACAGAAGUCUAAUUCUCAGUCAGACUCGCAUGAUGAUGAGAUUUCACCACCACCACCAAAUCCAGUUGUAAAGGCCAGGCGCAGAAGAGGUGGUGUGAGUGCUGAAGUGUAUACUGAAGAAGAUGCAGUCUCUUAUGUACGAAAGGUAAUACCAAAGGACUACAAGACCAUGACUGCCCUAGCAAAAGCUAUUUCUAAGAAUGUUCUUUUUGCUCAUCUUGAUGAUAAUGAACGAAGUGAUAUCUUUGAUGCCAUGUUUCCUGUAACCCACAUUGCAGGUGAAACUGUCAUUCAGCAAGGUGAUGAGGGUGACAACUUCUAUGUAAUCGAUCAGGGUGAAGUUGAUGUUUAUGUAAAUGGAGAAUGGGUGACAAACAUUGGAGAAGGAGGUAGUUUUGGAGAGCUUGCUCUGAUUUAUGGCACUCCACGAGCAGCAACUGUCAAGGCCAAGACAGACCUGAAACUGUGGGGAAUCGACAGGGACAGCUACAGACGCAUUCUAAUGGGUAGUACACUGAGGAAGCGCAAGAUGUAUGAAGAAUUCUUGAGCAAGGUCUCCAUUUUGGAAUCAUUGGAUAAAUGGGAGCGUUUGACAGUAGCUGAUGCUCUAGAGCCUGUCCAGUUUGAAGAUGGGGAGAAAAUUGUGGUCCAGGGUGAACCAGGCGAUGACUUCUUCAUUAUCACAGAGGGCACAGCUUCAGUGCUACAGCGCAGAUCUGAUAAUGAAGAAUAUGUGGAGGUUGGGAGACUAGGGCCAUCAGACUAUUUUGGUGAAAUUGCCCUCCUGUUGAAUCGGCCGCGAGCAGCAACUGUAGUUGCACGUGGACCGCUGAAGUGCGUCAAGUUGGAUCGUCCACGCUUUGAACGGGUUCUGGGUCCAUGCUCUGAAAUCCUUAAGCGAAAUAUUCAACGAUAUAAUAGUUUCAUUUCUCUAACUGUUUGAGACUCUUGUACGCAAUUGCUGACUUGUGUUAUCUCGUGCACUUGAACUUGAGUGGUGUCGCGUAGCUUUAUGCAAAUAAGUUGCAUAUUACAUGUUUUAUGUCAGUAACAUUCGAAACAAACUUAACUACUUUUGAAAGGCCGUUAGAAGCAGGAUGAACAUGAAGUAGGGAUCUCUGUGAAUGAAAGCUCAAAUUUGUUGCACUUGUAAGUGAUAUUUAAUAAUGGGUUCAAUUUUAUUGCUUAAUUUGCUGCAAUAGGACAGAACAACAUCUGAAUAAACUUGUAGGUGGCCAAGUACAUUGCUAGUUAAUGCAACUUGUUUCUCUGUUUAUAGCUGUUUCAAAAGAUGUUGCAUGUCAAUUGCAUACAUCAAAUGACUUGAAGUUCUCAAUCUAAGAGCUAAAUGGGUGAUAAUGUUUUAUUCUUGACCAUACAGCUGACUUUGAUCAUAAAUGUAAAGAAUGUUAUGUUUCGUGGCCAAUUUUAAUGAUUGCAUUUAUUUGGAAAAAACAUUGAGAAACUGUGACACGGUUAUACGCUUCAAGAGUUACAUUAAUGGAACAUUCUUCAAAUUUGUGAGUUUUCCUUAUUUCAUGUGCAUAUUCAAGCUUGGGGGUCAAGUCUUGUUUAUUAUUUAAACAUGCAUCCUCUUUCAAGCUGCUUCUGCCAGAAUCCGCGAUCUUGUCAGUGACGACUUGCAAGGUGUGGCAGGCAUUUUUAUUUGUGUGCACUGAAGUAUAAUCAUUAAUGUCUGAAGUGGGGGGUCCUCAAUCAGCUCUGCUUUCCAGUGCAGUCUCGGUGAUCUUGCAGCUGUUUCUGAGGCCUUGAGGAACAGGUUCCAGCAUCUUAAAAGUUUUUGUGUUUUUUAAAAAUGUCUAAAACAAACUUCACAAUGAAGGUUUAUGAUAUUUUGUGUACUCUUCUUUUACACUUAUUUAUAUAUAUUUUUUAAUUAGCUAUUUUUAUUUUAUGAAACAUUGGUCUGAUCUUAAGAACUUAUUUAAUUGUGGUUUAUUUUCACACGUAGUAAGCAGAUUCCAGAAUAUUGCUUUUGAUCCUCAGCUGCAUAUUCAGUAUGGCAUGUAAUUAAUUCAGUUUAAAAAGUUACUAUUCUCUCAAUAAUAAUGGUAUAUUUUCUAUAAUUUUAUGUAAUGCCUUUGCUUUUCUCGUCAAAUAAAGCAUCACGAACAU